UUGGGUUCCUUUCCAUCUAUCUUAUUGGCACAAAACUCAUCAAGUUCACCUAGUGGUACUGAUGCUAGUUAUCGAGUAAUUCCAACACCUUACACUCCACAAAAUGGUAUACAGCAAAAUGUUUCAGUCUAUGAACCUUACCGUGGUAAUGAAUGCCAUGGAUAUCGUGCUAAAAACAUCUCAGAGUCCCAAAAAGGUAUCACCGGUAUAUUAGAAUUGAUCGGUUCUCCCUGUAAUGCUUAUGGUGCGGAUUACCCUUACUUGUUUUUAAACGUCACUUACGAAACUGAGGAACGCGUUCACAUCUCUAUUCGUGACUUGAACAGCUCACAGUUUCAGUUUAGCAAAAGACAUGAUGUUUGGCAGGCUCCCUUAUACUAUGCCUCUACAUCCAGCUUAAAUAAGUCCAAUGUUUUUUACGAGUUUUCCUUCAAUGCUGACCCCUUUGAGUUUUGGAUUACCAGGAAAACCGAUGGUGAAGUACUGUUCGAUACAAGAGGUAAUCACUUGGUAUUUGAAGACCAAUAUAUUGAGUUAACUACCAAUAUGGUUGAUGAUUAUAAUAUUUACGGUCUUGCUGAAACUAUUCAUGGAUUUCGUUUGGGUAAUAAUCUCACCCGUACAUUUUGGAAUAAUGACGAAGCUUCUCCUCUUGACCGAAACAUGUACGGUACUCAUCCUUACUAUCUGGAACAACGGUAUAAGCCUCUUAAUUCCAGUAACUUUACCAAUAGUAAUCAGACUACUUACUCUUCUUCUUCCCAUGGUGUAUUAAUGUUAACAGCUAAUGGCAUGGAUGUCUUGCUUCGUCCAAAGUACCUUCAAUACAGAAUGAUUGGCGGUGUUAUAGACUUAUACGUCUAUUCUGGAAGCAGUAGUCCUAAGGAAACCACUAAGCAAUAUAUUAAAUCUAUUGGCCUCCCGCAAAUGCAACAAUACUGGACGCUUGGUUACCAUAUGUGUCGAUGGGGAUACCAAAACAUAACAGAAAUUAUGCGUGUUCGUGAAAGAAUGCAUAAUUCUAGUAUUCCAAUUGAGACAUUUUGGAGUGAUGUCGAUUACAUGCACAAUUUACGUGAUUUCACAGUUGAUCCUACAUCUUACCCUCGAGAUCAAUUUAGCCAGUUUUUUCAUGAAAUUGAGUCUAGUCAUCAACAUUAUAUACCAAUCGUUGAUGCAGGAGUCUAUGCCGCAAACCCAACUAAUCGAUCUGAUGAUACAUAUGGACCAUUUUAUGAGGGUUUCGAGAAAGACCUUUUCCUCAAAAAUCCUGAUGGAAGCAUUUAUAUAGGUGAAGUAUGGCCUGGUUUUGCCGUUUUUCCUGACUUCAUCCAUCCCAACGUACAAGAAUAUUGGAAACAUGGUAUUCAAAACUUAUCAUAUGCAUUUGGUUCAAAUUCUUCUAAUUACAUUCCUUUCAGUGGUCUUUGGCUUGAUAUGAAUGAACCUUCUUCCUUCUGUGUUGGUUCCUGUGGUUCUGAACUCGUUAACUGGAAUCCUGUGCAUCCACCCAUGAUGCUUCCAGGAGAAAGUAGUAGUCCGGUAUUCGUUUAUCCUAACAUUUCAAAUCCAAGUAAUACAACCGAAUUUUAUUCAGCGUAUACUGCUGUUUUAAGUCAAUACCAUGCUACAGCAACUACUUCAUUCCAAACGGUUCAUUCCACUCCCGGCCCCUUGGGCGAUAAGCCUAAUAUCAAUCAUCCUCCUUAUGCAAUUAAUCAGGAACAAGGAAACCAUGAUUUGGCUAAUCACGGCGUCAGUCCAAAUGCUACCCACUACGAUGGAACACUUCGUUACAACUUAUUUAAUGUUUAUGGAUAUACCGAAGGUAAAGUAACUCAUCAAGCUUUGAGUGAAUUACAGCCUGGUAGACGUCCUUUUAUCCUUACUAGAUCUAACUUUGUUGGGACCGGUACUUAUGCCGCCGUUUGGCUAGGAGAUAACCACUCGAAUUGGCCCAACAUGUACUUUUCGAUUCCAGGAAUGUUAACAUAUAAUAUGCUAGGUAUUCCAAUGGUUGGUGCUGAUGUUUGCGGUUUUGCUGAUAAUUCCAAUGAAGAACUUUGUGCACGGUGGAUGGAACUUGGAGCUUUUUCCCCAUUCUAUAGAAACCAUAACAGUCAAGGAAGCAGCCUUCAGGAGCCUUAUCUUUGGGGUUCUGUUGCUGAAGCUUCCCGUCGAGCAAUGAAUAUUCGUUAUUCUUUAUUGCCGUAUUGGUACACCCUACUUAAUCAGGCAUCUUCUGAAGGGAAUACAAUCGUAACGCCGCUUUUUUUCGAAUUCCCAGAUGAGCCCCAUUUGGCUGAAGCCGAUCGUCAAUUUAUGGUUGGUGACGCUUUGUUAGUAAGUCCUGUUUUGGAUCCAAAUACAACGAAAGUUAAUGGUGUCUUCCCGGGUAACGAAAGCACGGUUUGGUAUGACUGGUAUAACCAUACCGCUAUUGAGCAUAAACCCUAUGAAAAUAAGACAAUGGAUGCUCCUCUUGAACACAUCAAUGUUGCUAUUCGUGGUAGUAAAGUUAUUCCCAUGCAGCAGCCUGCAUACACUACUGAAGAAACUCGUGAAAACCCUUUCAACUUGCUUGUAGCUCUUGACAAGCAAGGAACUGCCCGUGGGAGUUUAUACGCUGACGACGGUGUCUCUGUGACUCCUAACGCUACGCUAUGGGUUGACUUUUCAGCUAAAUCCAAUGAGUUAUCCAGUGUCUCUUUCGGUAACUACAACGUACGAGUACCAUUGGCGAAUGUUACAAUUCUAGGAGUUUCGUCUUCUCCCAAGCAGGUCCAAUUCAAUAAUGAAGCAGUCAUGUCUUACAACUAUAUAAAUGAAACAAAGGAAUUGAUAAUUACUAAACUUGAGAAUUUUACCUCAAUUGGCGCAUUUGCAAAAAAUUGGACAGUCUCAUGGUGA